UCCGUGCCACAAUACAAAGUCUGUAGACAUCAUGCCCACACGAAGUGAGGAGUCGGACUUGAGGUGGGAUAGAGUUGAGGCACGUGAAGCUCACUAUCGCCAAAGUAGCCAGGGGAAUCCCCAGCCACCGAAUGCAAAGAAACGCAUCGACUCGAUUGAACUUGGCUUAAUGGGCACUCACUUCGAGUUUGUUUCUGAGGAUGAAUCAUACCCAGCGAGAAUUGAUGAUUUCACCAACAACGAAGCUGCAGAUCCUAGUUGCGGCACUGAACUGAAAAUUCGGCGGGACUCCAUUUACGACCAACCCGACCCUGAUAGUAGUGUCGCAAAAGAACCGGUUGCGGAAACUAGGUUUACUCCUAAGUGGGGUCCGUACCUUCCGCUGUCCGAGAUCAUAGAGACUCGACGGCAGUUGAGUAACAGUAAGUCUGCCGAAAGAACUUUCGAGGGUGACGAAUAAGGCCUUGUAGCGCCUCGGCUUAUUACCUAUGUAGGUAGUUAGAGGCAAGUCUUGCUGACAGCUGCACAGAAAAACGACCACCAUCUUUGUCGACCACCAUCGAU